AUGGCAGCCAUGUUCAUCACAAGAACUGCUCUCUUCCGUUUCUCAAAGUCCUUUCCUCAGGCAGUCUUCCUCAGAUCUUCCCACAAACCCUCCAGAGUCGCCUUUGCCUCUCCUUCUUCCAAUAACUAUUCACACGUAUAUGCCUCUUCUUCUUCUUCUUCACACUCAUUUCUGUCAAGAACAGUUCAAUAUAGUCUAUUUAAGAUUUUUGACACUGGUUUUGGUCUUGAUUUUCAGUUCAGAAACACAGCAGAAGGAGCGGAUGCAAGAGUUUGGUCAUACGAUCCUGCAAAUGCGAGACGUGAAGAAGAUGACAGAGACAUGGGUGACAGGGUAAGAGAUGGAGCAGAAGAAGCAAAAGAGAGAGGUAAAGAGUACGCACAUGAAGCUAAGGAGAAGACGAAGGACAUGGCUGAGAGAACCAAACAGUACGCUCAUGAAACUAAAGAAGAUGCCGAGGAUGCUGCAGAAACCAUGGCCGAUAGAGUCAGAGAAGGAACAAACAAAGCUUCAGAGAGAGCAAGAGACUACGCUUACGACGCAAAGGACACUGCGAAGGACGCGGCAGAUACUGUGGCUGAUAAGACGAAGGAAGGGGCUCAUAAGGCGGCGGAUACAGCCGGGUAUAUGAAAGAAAGAACGAAGGAGAAUGUCUCAGGAGCGGCGGAGAAGACAGCGGAUACGGCUAAGUCGGCGACGGAGAAGACGGCGGACGCUAUGAAGUAUGUGGGAGAGAAGGCGAAAGAAACGGCGCAAGGAGCGUGGGGGGCGGCGAAGGACACCACACAGAAGAUUAAGGAGACGGUGGUUGGGAAGGAUGAGAGUGACGACGACGACUAUAAAGGCGGCGGUGGUGGGUGGAAGAAGGGCGAGGCCCUGGAUGAGGAUGUUGUGGAACUGAGGAGACAAGGGGGGAAAGGACACGAUGCGAGGAAGGGUUAUUAG